UUUGCAUUGUGCUGUGCUUUUCCAGCGAUGUCUCUUUAAAUGAGGGAGCGUAAGUGUGACUGUGGUUGGUUUUCUUCAGCUCUGCCUGUUAGUUCGCAUAACAUCUGAUGGACCAGAGCAACACGCAGUUCAAAACAGGUGCAGUUCAAAACAGAGAGAAUUCUGACAAACAAACAAAGCGCUCGUUUCUGUAAAUACGCAAAUAACGUGCUUGUCGUUCUAUUCGAACGCCGGAGCAACAUUGUGUUCAUUUCAUCAGUAUGUCAGUGAAGAUCUGAAGAACUUUCUGCUUGGAAACCUCAGGUGUGAUAGGACUGCUAACUAACUGCCUGGAGCAGCAACACGAAUCACUGGAUAUACAGACUGGAUGUAACCUCUGACUUGUCCCAAACACGUAACUCUGCUUAUAUAAAGUGCUUUGUUUUGAUCUGUAAUUGUGAUGCGCGGGGAUCCGGCAUAUGCAGCUUUAGUAAGCAACUCUCUGCGCAGACGGAGCAUCGCAGUGCAUCUACUUCCAGAUGUCCAUCUCUCUCUGCUCGUAACAGGUGGAGCUACUUUCACUCCAUCUGUCCGCUGCUGAAGUGGCAUAUAUGGGCAACCAGGUUGACAAACUGUCACACCUAAGUUACGCCGAAGUUCCCACGACUGACCCUAACGGACUCGACACAGAGGAAGACGGCCCGCGGAUCGGGGUCUCGUACAUUUUCGCCACCGACGACGACGAACUGGAUGAUAAUCAUCAUCAGCAUGUCGAUGGAUCGGAGCAGAAGGAGGAAGAGAAGCACCACAACGAGCUGGACUGCGCGGUUUACCACCGAGACGAGUGCAUUUAUGAGAGAAGUAGCAACACUACGGAACUGGAGACGUUCAGCCCGGAGAAUUUACUGAACAAAUGUAAGCCCGGGGACGUGCUGGAGUUCGUGUCCGCCGGUCAGUACCCGCACUGGGCUGUGUACGUCGGGGACUUCCAGGUGGUGCACCUGCACCGGGCGGAGGUCAAGAACAGUUUCCUGACCGAUGCUAGUCAGGGCAGGCGGGGCAGGAUCGUGAACGAGCUGUACAAAUUCAAGCCCCUCGGUCCUGACAUGGUGGUGCAGAACGCGAUGGAGCAGGUGGGCGCGAAAGACAGAGAGUUAAGUUGGAGAAAUUCGGAGUGUUUUGCCGCUUGGUGCAAAUUCGGCAAACGGGAGUUCAAAAUGGGAGGGGAGAUACGGAUAGGAAAACAGCCGUACAGAUUAAAGCUCUUCUUGCCUGACAAACAGUUUCAUGUGCUGGAGUUUCAGAGUUUGGAGGAUUUGAUCAUGGAAAAGAGAAGAAAUGAUCAGAUCGGUAAAGCGGCUGUUAUACAGGAGUUAGCGCAUCAUUUGAGCAAUAGCGGAAGUGAAGCGAACGUUCAUUGACGUGCAACAGGUAGCAGAGAGAAAUGUAUCCCAACAUAACACGUGCGUGAUUCUCACGAAACCCGUUCGUAACAUAAAUUAUUUUUUUGUUGAAAGAAAAUGACAGAACUGGGACAGAUUCUGACUGGUCAACUCUAUGAUACAGUAUCAGCUCUUCAUCAUAUCACUGCGCCGCUCCCAUAGCAGAUGUUAUGUCAUAUCAGGGACUAUAUCUUUUAGCGUAAGGAUAUCACUGAAUACAUUUAAUUAAUAAAAAGUUUCAACAAAAAUGUGUCCUUAAUAUUAUUAAUUUUAUUAAUAUUAGUAAUGGCUAAACGGAUCAGCUGUGGUGUCCCCGUAUUUACAUUUUUAGAGCACACGAUUGGUUUAUUGGUUAAGAUGUUUAGCAUUGUAACUUAUUGUGAUCACUGUAAAAAAUAUGUUCUUAAAGACUCAUUACAGCAGUGUUUUGAACAUAUAUAUCGGCUAGUAUUACCAUCUUUAAUUUAUGUUGAUUUCAAUAAAAUAAAAUGCAUUGCAUAUACAGUUGGCUAGUAUUACAUCUUUAAUUUGUUAUUUUCAAUAAAAUAAAAUGCAUUGAAAAUAAUGAAAAUAGAAAGAAGCAGGCUGAAUUAUAGUCAUGGGAAACUGUGUUAAACUUGCUAAAUUGUCUUAAAAAUAAUGUUACAAUGAAAAACAUCUUAAUGGGCAUAAAUGCAGGAAUCAUUUACUUUUAGCAAAAAUAUUUUUUUUCUUAAUUUCGGGCUUCGUGAGAUUCAUCUAUAUGUUGGUAUCUGACAUCACAUAUUAUGAUGACAAAUUAUGUUAAUUUUCCUUCUGAAAUUGAAAUAAUUUCUCAGUUAUUAAAUUUUUUUAAGUUGGGUGGUAUUGUUUUUCUAAUAGAUUGCCUCUCAAGUUGUAAGCUGUUCUCUGUAAUGUAUAAUCAGGCUCUCUGUGAGUUGCAAAAUAGCCAUAAAUCAUCAUAUGUGGACCUUGCUUUCUAAAAGUUUUGGCACACAUUAAAUUACAGCAAGUAAACAGUGACUGAAUCCACCUGUUUACCCUCCUCUCUCUCUCUCUCUCUCUCUCUGUUAUUCUGGCUUUUAUCAUUACACAGUGCUUUGAAAACAUAUUUUAUCAUUACACAGUGCUCUGAGAACAUGACCUCAC